CAGCGGUUUCCCCCUCGGUUGCAGCGAAAGGACGUUAUUUCGAACCCUUGACCGAGCGUCAGCAGUCUUGGCGCGCCCCUCUGAUUCACCCCCGUUCCUUCUUCUUCUUCGAGUCGAAACACCCUACGGGCGUGGAAAGUUCUCUCGGAGUGCGUGUUCUCCAUCUCGCCGCUUUUCACCUCCCUUCUCGCGGUCGGUCGUACGUGCGGCGGCAUGUGUGUGCGCGGGCGCGUGUAGGUGAACGUACGCCGGCACAAGCGUGGAUUAUAUCGGCACAUGCGCCCCUCGCGACUGUCGCGUCGGCGGAAAAGCGGAUAUAGCCGGCGGCGUGUCAAAACCAUUCCGCCGCCCGUGCCGCGAGUUUAGUACGGCGUGGUUCUCGGUUGCGGUUGGACGAUCCGUGCACCUGCCCCGCGCGUGCGGUUGAUAGUACACGAGCGCGAAGGGGUUACGGAUCGCGGGGGCGUGCGUGUUGCGGUCGCGUCGUGAAAAUCACCCAACCUGUCGUGGACAGGGUUUUUUCUCCCCCACGGGGACAGGAGACCCGUUCGCGCUCGCAGCUUCGCCCGGUUUCGGUGUCUGGUGCCGUUAGACGGAGGCGGGCCCUCCCCGGAGUUCAUCUCGCGAGGAACGAGCGCAACGUGUCUCCGCAUCUGCAGGCAGCCCCUUUUCCCUCAAGUACGUCCCGGGUUUUCCUCAGCGGCUAUCGUUUACUCGUUUCUGCGUCGAGAGAAAAUUUGAAAUUGUUCUUCGGUCCCUGCCUGCGCCCCGGGCUGUGACUUCGCGUCUCGAGCGUAAACAUCGCAGAGACUCGAUCAUGAGAAUCUUUUCCUCGAGCGGGAACUCGCGAAAAGCGAAAAUUUUCAUUGACAAAUAUUGAGUCCGUUGAUGAAAUUUUUCGCUUUUCACGAGUGCGCGCCAGAGAAAAGGACUGACGAUCGAGCCUCAGAUGAAACUCGUGUCGUUCCGGAGAGCCCCGUGUGUCUACACAGCUCGAAGACGAGAUAUUAAGUUCCCGCCGGUGGCUCUCGGCGUCUUUUAAUGGCAGUCUCGCGUCGAAUCGAUGUACAUUUGACGAAUAUUUUUGCGGAAACGCAGUGACAGCGCUCCGUGAUGUAUGCGCUUCUCAGAAAUGUGUUUGGAGAAGGUGACUCGGUUUUCCGCUAAGCACGACGUUGCGUCUGAGGCAGUGAAAAAGUUCUCCCGUAUAUUACUCCGCCCGCGCGCCGAACGAACGGAGCCGGCGACGUGUCAAAACUAUUUCGCCCGGCUGGUGAAUUCAGCGCGCCGUGAUUUCUUCUCGCGGCUGGACGUCCGCUGUCACGCGGCUGAAACAGGAGCCUCGAACGCGGAUCAACUUUGCAUAAUCGCUAUCAAGGCUGCCCUUCCGCCGCGACGUUCCAUGAAGUCGACGAACGACGGAACCGAGGCCGAAGAUCGAUCGUCGAUCGUCGCCGCUGACUCGGCAUGCCCGCCCGUCGCACGAUCCGCUCGAUCUCUAGAUGAAUCACCGUGAUCUACCGUGGAGUCUACGAGCAACGCGAGUCGCGCCGAACGAAUCAUGUACAAGAUACUGCGCCGCGGCUCCGGCCGCGUCUUCGUCCUUUGCAUCGUGGUGCUGUCGCUCCUGCUGUGCCUGUACUACGUCAGCCAGGUCCAGGCGCCGUCGUCGGGCCACCCCGCCGCCGCCAUCCUGAACGAGGAGCUCAGAUACGACCGCAGCCUGACCUCCGUCACUCCGGAUUACAGCGAGUCGCCAGAUGCUCAGGUGUCGCUCGCCACCUGCCCUGUAAUCGCGCCGCGAAACGCCGACAUCGACGCCCAGCAGGAGUUCGGCAAGUUCGACUUUCAGCCCUCAUGGAUGCGGAGUCGGGAAUACUGGGACGACAGUUUCGAGGCACGUUUCGCGGAGCUGCGGAAAGAUCCGACGAGGCCACCCCUGAAGGUUAUCCUGGUGCCUCACAGUCACACCGAUCCGGGAUGGCUGAAGACGUUCGAGCAGUACUUCCACAGCUCCACGAGGAGCAUCCUAAAUAACAUGGUCUCGAAGCUGCAGCAGUGGCCGAACAUGACCUUUAUCUGGAGCGAGGUUUCGUUCUUAUCACUAUGGUGGGACAGCGCUCAUCCGACGAAGAAAGUGGUCAUAAAAAGAUUAGUCAAGGACGGUCGACUGGAAAUGACCACCGGAGGCUGGGUCAUGACUGACGAAGCUACUUCUCACAUCUACGCUAUGCUGGAUCAGCUCAUUGAGGGUCACCAGUGGCUGAAAACGAAUCUGGACGUGACACCCGAGUCAGGCUGGUCCGUCGACCCGUUCGGCCACGGCGGCACCAUACCCUACUUCCUCAGGGCCUCGGGCGCUUCCGGCACGGUGAUCCAGAGGAUACACUACGCGUGGAAGCAGUGGUUCGCCAAGAAGCAGUACGGCGACUUUGUCUGGCGGCAGCCGUGGGACCGCGACGGCGCCGCCGACAUGCUCACCCACAAUCAACCCUUCGACAUCUACAACAUCAAGCAUUCGUGCGGCCCGCACCCGCAUGUCUGCCUCAACUUUGACUUCCGUAAGAUUCGCGGCGAGUACACCGAGUACUCGGUCCGCGCCGUCGAGAUCACGCCCAACAAUGUCAAGCAGAUGGCCGAGCUGUUGCUGGAGCAGUACGCGAGAACCGGCUCGUUGUUCACUCACAACGUCGUGCUGAUGCCGCUCGGCGAUGACUUCAGAUACGACCACGCGAUCGAGUGGGAUCAGCAGUACACCAACUACAAGAUCCUGAUGGACUACAUAAACAGCCGCAAGGACGAGUACAAUGCCGAGGUGGUGUUCGGCACACCGAAGGACUACUUCCGCGAGAUACAAAAACGCGUGGACAAGUUCCCGUCGUUGACAGGCGACUUCUUCGUGUACUCGGACAUCUUCAGUGAGGGUAGACCGGCCUACUGGAGCGGCUACUUCACCACCAGGCCGUACAUGAAGAUUCUAGACCGCGAGCUCGAGGCGAAUCUCAGAUCCGCCGAGAUCCUCUACACGAUCACACUAAAUCUCGCCAAGCAGUCCGGCAAGGAUAUAAAACUUUACGAGACGUAUUUCGAGAAGCUGGUGAAGGCGAGGCGUAAUCUGGGCCUGUUCCAGCAUCACGACGCGAUCACCGGCACCUCAAAGUCCUUCGUCAUGAAGGAUUACGCGCUGAAACUCUUCGAGUCGAUCUCGGACACGACGAGCCUGCAGAGCUUCGCCAUCCAGUCGCUCGCGGCCACCGUCAGCGGCAAAUCGAAUUCCGUCUAUGUGCUGGCCGAGUCGGACAGGGACAGCUACGAGAAGUUGCCGAAGAAGAUACCAAUCGGCGUAAACAGCCACGAGACCAAGAAGAUCGUUCUGUUUAAUCCACUGGCGCAGCCCAGACAGGAAGUAAUCAGUCUCAAAGUCACGUCAUACAAAAUCAAAGUCCUGGACCCGCAGAGGAAUCCCAUACCCUACCAAAUCGCGCCGGUGAUGAACGCCACGAGCAUCACGCACGACGUGUACGUGCUACUCUUCGUGGCCGAGCUGAAACCGCUGUCGAUCGCCACGUACCACCUGCGGCAGGUCGACAAGGUGCCGGCGGAGGCCAUCUCGACGGUGUAUUGCAGCCGUUGCGGCAAGGAUAACGUAUUUCCCAUCAAACCCAUGCAGGUAGGCGACGUGCAGCUCGAGAAUCAGCGGAUGAAACUGCUGUUCGACGGACAGACGGGCUUCCUGAAGCGCGUGACGAAGAAAUCCACCGGCAAGAUCAUGCAGUGCGCCGUACAGUUCGCCGCGUAUCCCUCGGCGCAGUUCCACAGCGGUGCCUAUCUUUUUAUGCCCGACCCAAACCUCCGGGACACCGACAAGGACGUCCUGGAAGCGUACACGCCGCACCAGAAGAUCUAUAUCGUCAGCGGUAGCUUGAGUUCCCGCCUCACCGUCGAGUACGGCAAGUUGUUGACGCACCACGUGGCCAUCUACCAUCACGAGGGCGGCCUCGGCGAGGCCAUCUACUUGCGCAACAUCGUGGACUUCGAGACGCCGCCGAAGAACCGCGAGACGGAGAUGUUCAUGCGCCUGCAGACCGACAUAUCGAACGGCGACCCACCCGAGUUCUACACCGAUCUCAACGGCCACCAGAUGAUCAAGCGCACGAAGAUCGAGCGCAUCGGCAUCGAGGGCAACUACUUCCCCAUCACGACCAUGGCCUACAUCGAGGACUCGAACCACCGGCUGACGCUCUUGGUGAACCACUGCCAGGGUGCGGCCAGCUACCAGCCUGGCUGGCUGGAGGUGAUGCUGGAUCGCAGGACUCUCUACGACGACUCGCGGGGCAUGGGCGAGGGUUUGUUAGACAACCGGCGGACCGUCAUCAAGCACUGGCUGUUGCUUGAAGACAUCAGCGGCGAAAAGGACAGAUAUUCGAGGCCGUCGCUGUUCGCCAAUCACCUAAGCAACACUCUCAACUAUCCGGUGAACAUCUUCGUGGUGGACGGCAGCGAGCAAGAGGUGACGAUGGCGCCGGAGGUUCGACUGUUGAGUCAGAGCUUCCCGUGCGACCUACACCUGCUCAAUCUGCGCACCAACCACGAUCAGAAGCUGCCGCAUUUCCCGGUCAACAGCGCGCUCAUGGUGCUGCAUCGGCAGGGCUACAGCUGCUCCGUGGGCAUUGACGUCGCGCUCAAGCACUGUCCGCUCACGGAGAGACUCGUUCAGGGAACCGCGUUCUACAAGCUCGACAAGGUCAACGUUACGAAGACGUCGUUGACCGGCACGAAGCCGGGCACACGCCUGAAGGACGGUUUCCACGAGAUCGGCCUGCGACCGAUGCAAGUCGAGACGUACAAUGUAAACUUCGUACAAUGAUCCUAAGCCACCUGCCAGUCGGCUCGACGUUCCCGACGCGUUCGCGUUGAUCGGUUAGCAAAAUUCCAAGAGUACACAGGCGUCUCGCCCCUUCCAAAUGACACUGCCGUAUAUUAAUCGCAUUGAAUACUACCUCUUUGACUCUUUGUGUAACGCGCGUUGGCGGUAAUGAGCGCAACUUUGCGGAAACGGUACCGAAGCGAGGGUAAUCAAUAAUUUCUCGCGGGUGAACAAAUGGGACGAAAAAUGUGACAAAUAACGUUGACCACUCCGGGACAAUUGAAAUAAACGAUUGACCCGUAUGGUUAAAAUUAGUUCUCUCGUGUUAGGAUUUUAAAAAAUUAACAAAACAAUUUUUAAUCGACAACCUCGUUGCUCCACGGACGUGCGAGGGAGGCAUUUUAAUGAAUUUCUUUCGACACUAAUCCUGACAACGUAUUGGCCUAGUAAAUCGUGUUUUUAUACAAUUCUCCUUUCUCUCGCACUCGGUUUCUUUUCUAUCGCUCGAAGAAGAGGAGUAAAGGGUUUCAUGGCAGAUCAAAGAUUAGUAAUUGAAUUAACGUAAGAACUUUCCAUUCCAAGAGCUUAGCCGAAUUUUGCGAGACGCACGAUGCUUUGGUUGCAUCACAUUUUCCGAGAAAUUUUUUUCUUUUAAUGGCAGGAAGCGCGUGCGUGUAAAUAUUUCGAUCGAUGCAACACAAUUUAUUGCUAAUCACGACGAACGUGCAACGCGUGCGUGCACCAUUGUACAUAUUGUUCCUGUACGACGUACCCUUGCGUUUUAUUAUCAAACGGGAGGGAGAGGGAAGGGAAGAGGCGAGAGAGAUGUAUACACGCGCAGAUAUAUAAGUACAUUAGUAAUUUACUCCAAACAGAGUCUGAGAUAUCUAAUUAUAAUAAUAUACGUAUAUUCGCUGGAACGAGAUAUUUGGGAUCAGGUUUAUCUCGAUCUAUUUUACUCAUUCGAAUUUCAAACGAUUCUUCCAUAAUUUAAUACCUUCAUCGCGGGGGUGUAACUUUAACUCUGUAUUUAUUACGAUUUUAGACGUAGGACUUAGCCGACCCUUAAACAUUACUUUGUCGUUACCUUAUCGCGGUAUAAAAAUUCCUCCAUUUCUAAAUUUUCUUAUUUAAUUGCCAAAACGUCGCCCGAACGGCAGCAAAAUGACAUUCCUAACUCGCCGCAUUUCUUCGCGACGGCUCGUUUUCAAACGCGAAAAGUGAUUUCACGGGAGACACGAAUGGGGCCAUAGAGUCAGGCCUGAGAACAAAAGAAUAAAAAUUUCAUAGUUCACCUUUUAUCUGUUCGCACGGCUGUUACCGCGGACAAACGGACUGACGGCUGACCGACGCAAAAAUUUCUUUUAUCAAGCGUACAGAGAUAUAUAUGUGUAUAUAUUGUAUCGUAUAUGUAUAUAUUACAUAUCAGGUCGUAACUUGCCCUAGAUAAUUACCGAUACCGUAGACAACCUUUGUGAUAGCGAAACGAUGUAAAGAAAAUCUUAUACAUCUAUUUUCGUAUGUCAGAUAUUUUGCUAUCGACCCUCCCUCUCUCCCUCUCCGCGAGUAUCGACAGUAAGUGUCUUCUUGUAGACGUGGGGGCCGCGCGAUUCCGGGGAUCGCGCGCACAAUCCGAAGAUGUAGUAAAGUGUGAUGCGUGUAAAAUAAACUUGCGUGCCAGACGACGACGAGGAAGCUAUCCUCUCGGAGAUAACGCGGGGCGGAGCGGGAGUCUUCGCGAGGUACGAAGACAUGAUUCGCACUGAAUUGUAAAUAAUUUAAUACGACGAGUUCUCGCAGCUCUGCGGACGUUAACGAACGUCACCGAAUGCGGAAUCUGUCUCUCCUUGUUUCCUCUCUUUUUCUUUUCCUUUCUCAAAACUUCCGGGGCAUUUAUGUCACGCGUUAGAUCGAUAACGAGAUACCGUACUCCCGUGGAGUCCUGUGUAACUUUAUUACGACUGUGAACGAUAAGUAUUGAGACUCGCGAACGAUAAAUGUCGCAGAGAGAGAGAGAGAUAUACUUUGCGGUGUGUAUCGUCGCGCGGCGUUCCCGGCGAUCUUCCACUUCCACGGGGAGUCUCGAAGUGUCCCUUUUUGCGGCUGCACCGUCGGUCCGAUUUGUACAUAUUAGAUUAAUUAAUGGAAAGUCGUGCAGCUUCCGCGAGCGCGCGAGUGGACCGCCGCGCGUUUUCCUCCGGCGCGAGGAACAAGAGAGGAAAUUAGUUUCUCCGAGGGUGCAAGAAAUAAUGUAAAAUGUGGUCGCUGCUCCUGCGCGAGGGCGGCAAGCAAGAUGUUCGUCGCUUCUCCGCGCACGGGCUCGCAAUUAUUACAACGUAGCGUUUUUUAAUUCACGCGAAAGAUGUGUAUCUACGUAAAUUUUCUUAUUUAAAGUAAAGGUCCGUAUUUACAAAUACGGUGCGAAUACGGUGAAAACUUCCUGGUGGUUUUAUACUUCGACGUUGUCUCUUAAGAAUUUUAUCGCGCGCGUGUAAACUGCUGCCCGCAAUUCUAAUGUAUAAACCAUCAGAGAUUGUAGAUUUCCAGCUCGUUCGUUUUAACAAUAAGUUUAUUCAGUUAUUUACAGGUAAUCGACAUAUUUUUAUCGUCACGCUAUCGCUAAGAGAUGUAACACGUUUGCAGUUAAUUGCUUCUUUUAGCGGCACACGAUGGCAUCUGUCGCGCUAAAUGUUACAUUUUCGUUGAAACUAAUUAGUUUUAGAAAAAUAUAAAAUCAACAAGCGACUGGACUCUCGAAAUUAAAAGUAAAAUUUAAGGAUUAAGGCUGUGAGAGUCACGACAUGUCCUUUCGAGCGAUCGGCUUGGAAUUCACGCCCGUAGUGUUUAAAUCUUCAGAAUCUGUCGAUGCUCCGUUGAUUACUGGACAGAAACUAGUAUAGUCAAUCCUCUGGUUGACCAAACUGGAUAAUCAUUUACGUGAAUUAGACCCAAUUCUCUCAGUCUACAAUGGGGCGCACCUUAAAUCGUUGAAGAUGGUUAAAACCUCUAACCGAAACGUCCGGAACUUGUAAUCGAGAACUGUAUUUGGACAAUUAUAUUACACUAAUAAUCGCGUUUGACUCUCGCGGUCUUAAUCCUUCCAUUUUUACUCUUAAUUCGUUUUCGAUCCGUUGUUAGUGUCAAAUUUGUCAUAGUUUGAUUUCAGUCGUGAAUCCUCUAUCGUAUCUCCUGACGCGAAUUAUUUCAAAGCGCGCAUCGAUUUGGUAAAAAUUGAAUAUCGAUCUGAAACGUACAACUUCGCGUUAAAAAGGCUGAAGAGGUCGGAGACGGCAGAAGUAUAUCGUGAUAAGACUCGGUGUCGCCGAGUAAUUAGGCGUCGGUUAUGAAAUUUUUUUCGAUAGACUUAUGGCUCCGAUAAAUUUCACGGUUCACGGCGCGAACGAGCGUUUAUACGAGUUUAACGAUGUUGUGUAAAUAGAGGAUCGUCGAUGAAAUCGUUAAACCGAUAGUUCGUAAAGAGUAAUGGAAGAUAAAGGACGGGCGGAUGGGUGCACGGGUAAAGUGUAGCAAGUUAUCUCCUUCGUGCUGUUGUCACUAUCAAUCGUCGCGCAUUAUCACGUUUUUUGUCCGAAAAAAAAUUUGCAAACAAAUUCUAUCUGCUCGCAUACGUCAGUUCGAUAGAACUGUCCUCUUAUAACAAAUCCAAAUUUAACUCCCGGUUCUGUCUUUUGGUGUCGAGCCUCUGGCAUUAAUUGGGCGAAUUAAACGGUAUUACCUUAUUUUGUUAUUACGUAAUCGGUUCGACAUUAAUUCAUUGUGUGCACUAACGACACUGCCCACGAUAACAUAUCGUCCGCUCCGUUUAAGCUUAAAUGUAACGAAUCAAAACAGAGAAGGCAGCGAGAUCUCGCCGUGGACGGUUCUGCGAGACGCGGAUUCGACUCGUUCGAAUAAUUUCAACGUCGCGAAAUUGCGCUCGCCCUUUAAGAGCGCCGUCGGACCUCCACGCCGGGAUUUCUGCGAGUGUCGACGAAAUGCCCGAAAUUGCCGAGCGGCGAAAAUCGCUCGGCGCCACAAUGACUGUCCCUGUAACGAUAUUGUAACAUACUGUAUGUUUUGUGCCGUCGUUAGAGAGAAAGAAGUGUUCUAUAUCACAAAGAAUAAAGUUAUAUUACAUGUUCACACACGCCGUCGCUCGGACGAUUCGCAAAGGGCCCCGGCCGUUUGGAAUCGCGCGAGCGCGGGACGCGCGAGUGGCGAUGAUUACAUACGAUAUUCCUUAUGUUACAAUGUAAUAUUAUAUUUAUUAAAUAAAACUAGUAACUGACGUAUUUUGA